UGUUUAAUAGAAGUUGAUGGUUGGAGUGCUUUGACGACGUGCUAAAGCUGGGGGAAGGGGAAGAAUUUCAAUGACUUAAUAUUGCUCGCCUAACCGUACAGAAAAAUUCGUUCUUUGCCAUUUUUGAAUCUUGGACGUACGUAGACAUACACAGAGAUGAUUAGUGGAUCUCCAUGGCCUCGAAGAUAUCUUCAGCAGCUCCGCAUCCUCUUCUUCUCCCUCUCUCUGCAACUUAUUUCAGGCUUAGCGAAAGAUCCAUCAAGUCCCACAGAUACAAACAAGGCUGCAAGUCACAAUGCAUCAAGUACCUCUGUUGGGCUUAGGGUGUUGAUCAUUUUUCUCGGUUUAGUUGCAAUUGUCGCAUUUGCUGUGUUAUUAUUCAAGAUAUGGCAAAAGAAGAAGAGAGAACAGCAGCAGGCCCGCCUUUUGAAGUUGUUUGAAGAUGAUGAUGAGCUUGAGGUUGAACUUGGCUUACGUGACUGAAAUACUGCCUUUUGUUUCCUCUACCGUGUAUAAUUUUGACCUCCACUUUGUGAUUGUUGUUGUUUGUAUACAAGUCGUUGUUGUCUUUUUGUUAGGUUGUCCUAAAAUAAUUAUAAUUCGUUUGUCAAACAUAUCUUACUUUGUUUGUGUAUAUUCUAUAUGAAUUAGUGGUCUAAAGCUACAAAAAUUUUGUUUUCUGGAGAA